GAUACAGCACCUCAGCGCAGCGCAACAGCACCUCAGGUCGAAUACCAACGGUACACCUGCUACGCAACCGCAUUCGCAGCGCAGCCGCAAUCCCAGCGCCGCCCGCAUCUUCGUCCCAUCUCGCGCGUCGGGCGCAUUUUGACGUGUUGCACGUCGGAUAUAUUCAGUUUUGGGAGCCUAGUCGACGACGCCCCCAUUACCUCAGCGCGCAGCACCGCCGUCCCCUGGCUUGACUUGUCCUCCUACGCCUCAGGUCCCGCCUCCCGCCCCGCGCCGCCUCCCAUCUUCGAUUCGCGCCGCCUUGACGCCUAGACGCCUAGCAAACCUUAGUCUACUCCUCCAUGGUGGGUGCUCUGUCCUCCUCGAGUCGACCUCGACUUGUCUGGCGUUCGUCCCCAAUGCGUGCCGGCUCGCGCUCAUAGCUAGUCUCCCGAAUGUGCCAGUCUCGCAACUCGUCCGCCGUCAACAGCCUAGGGUGAACGGCAUUGUGUCAUGCCUACCCACCAAAGUCCGGGAGCAAGCCAGCUUCCCUCUUUAGCCCCCGAGAAGAUCGCAUCGUCCAACGCUACCGUCAACUCGUUCCUCAACACACGGCAGCCGUCAUGGAUGGGAACUGGCCCGUCCAAACCAAACCCUCGCCCUCUUGCCUCUCGCCGGCGAACUGUCCCGCAGACUACGCAGCAGCAGCAACAACAACAAACACAACAUCAUCAACAACACCAGCGGCAGCAGCAAGGCCAGCAAGACCAGCAAAUUCAGCAACAAUCGCAACCACAGCCACCACAGGCCCAAAGCGUUCUUCUUUCACCCGCUCCUAGCGACGAGCCGAGCCCCGUCGUAUCAAACCCCCUCGAUAGCCCCAAUCCCAACCCUGCCUCGCUCCCAGGCCCAGGGGCGCAAACCAUGGUGCCCCCAAAGCCUUCUACGUACCUCAAUCUACCCGUCACCGACGCCCGUUUUGUGCAAAACUUGACCGUUGAGAUACAACCCUUGGAUUCGCUAACGUCGAGGAUCGCGAGCAACGGGGGCCCUCUCUCGGCGCCCAUUCCAAGUCUACCACAGUCCCCCUUCCCGGCUAAUCCGCUCUACCAGGCCCCCGCUAGUAACGAUGCCGCAACGGCCACGUCGUUCGCCUUUUCUGCUGCCCCGUCAGCCUCUUCCGCCACCCCAGACUCUUAUCCACAGCCGCCAAGCAAUGUGUCGCAGGUGCAGGCGCAGGCGCAAGCUGGACGUAGUCAGGUUCUAGGGGCGGAGGGCCUCAUCCAGUCCCCAACACCGUCGGCGGCCGUAGCACCGCCACCUCUCAAGAAGAGACGCACAGAUAGUCGGCAACAAAUGCUCCGCUUCAACUUCCCGUCAUUUAUCGCGAAGCUCGAUCAGCACUUCCAGUCGUACGGCGGCGAGCAGGCCUUCACAUCUGAUAUCGAGAGGCCGCGAAUGCAACUGCUGAGAGAUGCCUGCACUAAGGACGACGGCUUCUUUUUGGCUUUGCAUCAGCUCUACUGUAUAUGGUCGGGUUCUUCUCAAGAGGCGCACAGGUUCUUCAGCAACCCCCCUCAGAUGAUUGACAGUGCUUUUGCAAUUAUUGAAACCGUGCUUAAGAAGAACCAUCACAUUUCGCCGGCGCAUCGGGCGUUCUUUGUUCAUUUCCCAGCACCGAUAAAGGAACUCAUGGACCCGACGACCAUCUACGCGUCUUUAAUCGAGCAAGUAGGAAAUUUCCUAAUCCAUCUGCAUACCAACUUCAACUCGCUGAGGCAAGCAUCGUUAAACCGACGAUACCCCUUCCUGGUCGACGAGCUCCUUUGGUACCUAGCCUGCUAUUCGCCCGUGUUGCAAAUGAUUCUUUUCACGGCAUCUAGGAGAAUACUGGGCGUUACGGACGGCCCCUAUAGCCAUCAAAUGGAUCAAGGACUGAAGGAGGAUCAGAAAAACCAUCGGAACGAGACGACGAGCCCCCAAUUUCUACGCCCUAUCAAGCACAGCGCCGAAAUCGAGACGAGAAACGCUAAAUUUAUCAACUACUACAAGGGUGUCGUUGCAAAAGCAUUAGCCCCAUCCCCACGUCCAGACAUGCCUCAGCCAGCCGUCCCGGUCCCACAUAACCAAGUCCUGGUAUUACAAGAAGGACCUCGAGGGCACGCAGCUCAUGCCUCCAGUCGAGGAAGCCAUAAUUCCCAGCCUCCGAGCCCAUUCACUCCGAUUUAUGGCACUUCGGCAAUGCAGGGCCAGUCCUUAAUGUCGCUUAGAAGCCCGCCCAUGAUGCCCCCCAGUCCCUAUGGACAGCCUCCCAACGGCCAGAUGGUGACACAUUUCGUGCCACAAGGCCACACACAGAUGCCCCAACAUUACUCCCCGGCCAUUGUACCAAGUCAAGUAAUGGAACAGCGUUCAGUCAGAGCUCAACAUCGAACGCACCAACCGCGGUUAGAUAUUCAACUCCAAGCGCAUCUGAUAUCGCACCAGAAACAUCAGGCCCAUCUAAUGUCACUGCAGCAGCAGCAGCAGCAGCAACAACAACAGCAACAACAACAACAACAACAACAACAACAACAUCAACAUCAACAGCAACAGCAGCACCAGCAACAGCAACAGCAGCACCAGCAGUUGCAAUACCAGCAACAACUUCAGCAGGUGCAGCAGCAGCAGUACCAGUGGCUCUCGAAUUCGCUGCCAGGGAAUACGCCUGGACAACCGGGCCACCUAGUUGCGCCCCAGAUCCAGCGUCCCGUAGUACAACCCCAUACGCAGGUCUCUCAAGCCGGGCUAAGUCUCCCUCCGCAGACACUGUCGUUCGCAAGGGAGAGGUCGAUCGGUCACUCUGCUAGCAGUGCGCCUCCCAUCCCCGCUCCUCACCAAACCACACCAGGUAUCACACAGCAUCCUUUGUUAGAUGCGUAUCAGCACCACGUGUCAAAUCAGGUCAAGGAUCCACUGCUGCCGGCCAAAGGAACCAUCAUACCCCGUCUGGAAUGGCCCUCCGAUCCGUCAGAUAAGAAGGCCAUCCUGAUGGCCCUUCACCAGGCCCACGUUCGUAGCCCUAAGCGGGUUGUGAAGGAGAACGAGACGGAACGCUUCUUCCAGGCUGUCAAGUCUCUCCCUGUUGGGCCCACUCUAAUUACCCCAAAGAAUCGUGUUCAGGAACUUCGGUUUGACGUCACCAGGGAGCAAUUCGCAUUGAGGUCGGCUAUUUUGACGAACUCGGGCGAACUAUUGCCAGUGGCCCAGCAUUUCAACGGCUCGCUCCGCUGGAGGAUCAGGUGCUGCAAGGUAUCUCUUCCCGAAAAAGCGAUCAGCGAGCAACGUUGGACGACCGUGGACAUGUGCUGGCCGACCAACGUCUUUAUGAAGCUCAACUCACGGCCCCUAGACAUUCGGAGAUAUUCUCACAAUGGCAAAGACCUUGCCACCGAGCUCACCGACCUGGUCAUCUGCGGCACCAAUGUCAUCGAGAUCGUCGUCCCGGAUCUGGGGAGAGAUUCGCCAGGCAACCGAUUCUUUGCCGUCGAGAUGCUGGAGACACUGAGCUACAGCGAUAUCCUGAAACUGGUGUGGGAAAGGGGUGUACUGCCGGAGCAGCAGACACUGCAAACCAUCAAACGGCGUUUGACUCCGACCGACGACGACGGCAUCGCGUUCGAGGCGCCGGAUUUGUCAAUCGAUCUUGCGGACCCCUUCAGCGCCGUCAUCUUCAAGAUACCGGCAAGGGGUGUUACAUGCACCCACAUGGAGUGCUUUGACUUGGAAACUUGGUUGAACACGAGGCCGUCUAAACCGCCGACCAAGUGCCCGCACUCUCAGGUAGCGUGCGAUUGUCCAACGGCCCUCGAGCCCUCGCAUCCCGACAAGUGGCGAUGCCCGAUCUGCUUUAAGGACGCAAGACCCUACAGCUUGCGCAUUGAUAGCUUCUUGCUCAAGGUCCGCCAGCAGCUCGAGAAGGAUGACAGGCUCCGUACCAAGUCAAUGCACGUGAUGGCGGAUGGCAACUGGUCGGCUGUCAUGGAGGACGACAACGUGGAGAGCGACGACGGCGACGACGAUGUCUAUCAAGCUACGCACCGGCAGUUAAAGAGGCCAUCGGUCCCUGCGGCUGCUGCCAAAAGACAGGACGUGGAAGUUAUUGAAAUCGAUUGAACUACCCCAUCAUCGAUAUACCAACCAACCCUAUAACUACCUACUAACUAAACCUACCACCUUCCCACCUACGCCGCCGUUCGGAUCUCGGGAAGCCAAUUCACCUAAUACACGGCCGGAGCGUCUAUUCUCGUAUAUCCAUCUACAGCAGUCGGCGGUAUACGCGAUAUCUCGUUUCUAUCUAUUAUUCCGCUUUGGCCCGGCGCUGCGAGUCUUUUCUAUCGUUUAGAUCACGACCUAU